AGUCAUAAUGAUGACUAAACAGUCUCUCCUGGCCAUUUUGAUCUACGCCAGAUGUCUCUCAACAACUAGUACCUUUGACAUCUUUGAUGAGAAGACGAACCUGAUAAGCCUCAUUCGGGCAUCGGCCUCCUUGGACCCUAAUACGGAAACAGUUGGCUACGGAAAUGGAACAGUAUACGUCCGGUUCCCUGGAAAUCCAAUCCAGAGGAUCUUCUAUUUCGAAGGGUUCAACAUCGCUAGAAAGGUUAAAACGGAGAAAGGAUUCAAUUCAAUGUCCAGAGAGGUGUUUGUGUACCGCGACCUGGAAACUGCUGAGAUAUUAAGCGUCUGGAUGAAUCCGUUCACAAAGACAGCCAAUGAGGUGUUCAACGUUGCUAACGACCCCAAUGAUACGCCACAGAACUAUGGCGGCGACAGAAAAACCAUCCUCAUCCCACCCGAGCGAGUCAGCUUCAACGAGGACGUCUUCCUCCAGUUCCCAAAUGUCCUUGACCCGAAAGAUUAUCCCAAAUUUUCAUCCGGACCAGUCUACCAGGGGGAUGAGCUGUUCGAGUUCUACACGAAUCUUACAGAGUUGGCCACAUCAAACGCAUCCUCUAUCCAAAUGACGGGUUCCUGGUUCAGAAGAGGCGAGUUCCUGCCUUGGAUGGAGAUGGGCGACACUCCGGGAUGGUUGUACUACCACCAGGCCUUCUGGAAACUGGUCAACGGGUUUGACGACGUGGCACCUGACCUCGUGAAGUACGUGAAAGAAUAUUAUCCUCAGUACCUGCAUGCGCCUACUACAUUCAGGAACAAAGUGGUGACGAGUUGGGAUGUGUUCAAGAAGGCGAUUGACGCUCGUCGGGCUAAGGGUGACCCCGAUAUCAUCAUCCCUCAGUUGGACAUAGAGUCAAGUCUUAAAUCAAAACGAAACUCACUUGACCCCAAGAUUGUGGACGCUGCUCGGAAACGAGGCCAUUUCAGAGUAUAUUUUAAUGGCAGCGUGUACUCUGAGAUUACAGGAAACGGAUCUGUAAAUUUGUUUAACUUUGAUGGACAUGUUCUGAUAAAGGUUUUGGACCUUGGUGUUGAUUCUUACAAGGUUGAAGUUGAGAUCAAUGGCCUAUAUCAUGAUCCAAUCACGGGAAAAGUUCUGCACUACUUCGAUAAUCCGAUCGUUGGCAAAACUCAAAAGGUUAAACACUUCUUUUACAAUGGAACAGUAGAGGUACCCGUAUCUUCAGCUUUCUCAUACCCGCUCAAAGGGAUGGAUCUGCAGACGGUGUUGUAUCACGACUCGUACAGUGUUGUACACCCGGACACCCUGACAGAGGACUGGGCUAUCAACAUGGUCAGUCUGUUUAUUGAAGAUGCCCAGCUGGACCAGGACUCCCCUUAUUUCUAUGGGACAUGGGUUCGCUUCACCAGCUGGUUGUCCUGGUUUGACAUGGACAGCAUCCCAGGGAACAUGGUGUGGAGGAUGAACUCCUACAAGACCGAGGAUGGGCCAACUCGCGUUUAA